ACUCACGUGUACUCUCGUGGCAUGUGUUUUCCAUUAGGUGCGACCAGCUACUCCUCGGAUAUCUAUUCGUUUUUUUCUUUCCUAUAUUUGUUUUAAUACGCUGCUCGAGAAUAGAGAGCUUUUUUCAACUGCUUCCGUGGCAGACUCGGUAAAUCUUUCCACACUUAUUUCAAGCACUGGCUCCGAUUAAACAAUAAAAUCCUAAAUAUCUCAAUUAAAUCGCCAAAGACUUGAGCAAUUUGGCGCUUGUUAUUAAUAAAUUGUACUUGUCAAACUUUGAGAUGAUACUUGCAACUGUAGAGAAUAAGAAGAAGAUGUGAUAGCGCAGUAGAAUGUUAAUACGGAAUGCACAGUUAUUAUUACUAGGUUUGGUGAGUGAUUGGUAUAUUAAAUAUGAAUUGGAAUAAUUUGUAACUAAUCAAGUUUCGUCGAAAAUGGCUGAUCUUGAAGAUUGGAUAUCAAGUAUGAAUCAAGCGAAAGCUCUUACUGCUGCUGCCACUCAUCGCAAGCUCGUAGAUUCCCAUCAACAACAGACACUCAUCGACAUGUUGAAUUAUUCCGUAAGUUGAAUCGAGUUGGCCCGAAAAAAUAAUUCAUCGUUCAAGUGAGCGAAUUCGAGACUGAGUCGAGUUAGUACAAACGAGUGGAUGUUACACUUGAUCAGUCGUCAAAAGAAUAAUGCACGAAUCUUCAGCAAUACCCAAAUCCCGAAGAGCCAGACGAAAGACUCGCAGAAGAUCAGUAUUUCAGUUAUUUACAGUGCUUUUGCUCUAAUGAAUCCUAAUUGAAUCCUUCACCGAGUGCCAAGUUUCGCAGUUUUUUCUAUGCAUAUUGCUAAAAGUGAUCACGCCGAUUUUUGUGUGCAUAUUUUCAUUGUUUCUUGUGGAGCAGUUUUGUGCCGUGCGUGAUAUCAAAAGUGCUAGUUGAAAAAUUCAAAGGUGCGCGAGAUUAUUAUCAUAUAUCGUUGUGUUUGUCCUUGGCCCAGGGAAAAGAGCUGUGUUAUCGACGAAAAAAGAGAGGCUGAUAUUUUCAAAGAAAUUUUAAAAGGAAAAACAUCGAUCAUCUGAGAGAGACAGCGAAAAUGUGAGAGAGAGAUAUGUCAAGUAGGUUUUCUGGUCGCUGCUCGAGGCAUCGUUGUAUCGCGCGUCUACGGAUGAGAUGACCCGAGUCGAGCUUGCAACUGGGACGCGUCAGUUGUGCAGUAGCGUCGUCGUCGUCGUCGUCGUCGUCGACGAACUUUACCAGCGACUCGAGACGGCGACAACAGCGGCAAGGACCGAUGAACAGCCGCUCGUCGUCGCUGCUCGACUGCGAAAAAGCCGCGACGUCGUCAUCAUCUGCGUCGUCGUCGUCAUCGUCAUCGUCAUUGCCGUCGAAACGGGAGAGCAGCUUAGGCCACGCAAAAAGCCAAUAAGCUACUCUUGUUACCAGCAACAAAGCCAACAACAACGCAUCCAGGCGUAACAUGCCGAGCAUCCUCCGUCAAGGUAUGGCAAUCGCCGUCAACAACAGCAAUAAUGCAAGUUGGACGACGAUUACGAGUUCGGUGUCGACAAACGGGGCAACGACGACGUCGACGACGCCGACGACCGCGACUACCUACGAAUUGCCGCCACCCACGCUCAGCGAGCGCGAGCAGCUGAAAAUCGAGUUCUACAAGACUUACGACGUGAUGACCGGCAUCAGGAUCGCCGCAACCCUCGGCGGUUUCUUUACGAUCAUGGUUCUUCUCGUUAUUUAUAAGAGCAGAUGUAAGGCAAACCGUCAACUGGACGAUCCCAGACUAACAGCAGCAGCCGAAGCAGCAGUGGCCGAAGCAGAAGCCGAAGAACGAGCUUUGGCAGCUGCGCUCGAGGCCAUAGCCAGGCUACCGCCUAAGCCACCGGGUCGAGGCCCAAGAAGAUCGCUUUGCGUCGAGCCUUUCGUCGAAUCGCAUUUACCGCUGACGGCGCCACGAUUCUCCUCGGUCGGCGGUGGCUACGAUUCGCUACUUUCGGCCACUCGUCGAUUCCCCAAGGGCAGCAACCGAUCCAUAUGGGCCCAUCGUCGCACGAGCUCGAUAACCUGCAGCUCGACGGCGAGUAGCUACCUCGAGCGUCGCGGCUCGGCCAUGGUGAUGCCCUGCUUGCCUCCGCCGCCCUCCUACCCCAGGCAUGCCGUGGCCUACGACGAGACCUACGACUACUAUCAUCCGAUCGACAUUCAGGUAAUUCAGCCGACGCCCGAGCUGUCGCCCUGUGGCAGCGAAGCCGGCCUCUAUGGCUCCGUGGCGGUCCCGGCAUCCUACAAUCGGCAACAGCAACAGCAGCCACAAUACCGCUUUCCAUCCGCGGGCCAUCGAGUCGCGAGAUCCGGCCGAGCCCCCCUGGCGUCGAUGGGCAGCGUCGAUCCGCCCGAGCCAGACUCGCGCUCGCUCGGCUCGGACUCGGUGUUCCUGGAGGAGGCGCGCGGCCGCGACGAGGAGCCGCCCGACACCGAGGACGAGGUUUCUGCCUUCUCGACCGACUCGUCGGACGAAACGGCGACCGGCCACAACAAUAGCAGCGCUAGCAAUGCUAACCUGCCCAAGAGGUUCCUCAAGGUGCCGCCCAAGAAGAAGCGGGCGCCAGAAAGGUGGGACGUCUGCGUAGGCUGCGUACCAAGACGGCGGACGGGCUCGUCGGCGAGCGCGCCUCCGCCGAUGACACCUAAACAACAUCAACAGAACAUCACUUGCAUGACCAUUAGCGCCUCUAUCGAUGAUUAUGCACCCAUCAGCUGCAGUUAUUCAAGUGUUGGGAUUAUUAAACGACCAAGUACUUACAUGAUAUAGGUCUAAAAAGUUUCAAACAAAGUAUUUGUAUGGUUGACUUGUUUUCGAUUCUGAAAUUUUCUUCUAAAACUUUAGCUUCAUUGUAAAUACACCUGAAAUCAUAUCAAUGUAUAUUUAUAUCGAAACUUAUUCUCACAAAUGGAAAAUCAUUAAUAAACUAUAAGGUAGAAAUCUCUCCUACAGAUUCUUACGAAUUUUCAAUUGAUAGAAAGAAGUAAUAAAACUGCGAAAAUUGAUUGAAUCAAGUUAAUAAACUAUUUUGCCUUCAAAUAAAAGCAAGUAAAAGAUGGAAGUAACGAUAAUAAUAGACCCAACCCCAAAUGUAAGUGAAUAGUAUUUGUAUUUAGCAACGUUACGGUGCACAUGAUGCAUUGUGCAGGCAAACUCAAGUGAAUCCACUUUGAGCGAGAUUGCAUUAUCAAUGUGCGUUCGUACAUUUGCUAAAACUAUAACAUGUGUAUUUUACGUGCACACAUACGCGCGCGUGAACACACACGGAUACACAUUUACACAAGUCAACGCAGUUGCGCACGUAUACAGGUAUACAUACUGUUGAGCAACUUUAAUCUCAUUAGUCGAAGCUUUUAAUGAGCUACACUGUGCGCUAGUACCUGUACCAAAACAAUGUUACUUUUGUGCAUGCAAAUUUACAAGUGUACACGCGCACAUGUUGGCAGUUCUAUGUAAAUUAAAAAUUGUCAAUGACUCGCUGCGCUCUCUUGUUAUCGGCAUUCUGACUUCUUUUAUUCUAUUGUUAUGAGGAAAUUAUUUCUACCUUAUAGUACUUGUACAUGAAAAAAGUCGACACAAUAGGUAGACUUACAUUUAAUUUCUAUUCGAUUACCUCUUCAUGAAGUAUAGAUUUAUUGAAUGUAAAAUAAACAUGUUCUCAUAGUCCAAGAAUGAUUGUCCGUGAUGUUUAUAGCGUUCACAUAGAUAUCUUUUAAUGUUAGCGGAUUUUAUGUCGCCGAAAAUAUUUUAAUACACCUGUGUUUAAAUCUUUAACCCUAAAUAAUUAACAUAAACAUUUAAAGCUUUCAUCAGCAAGAAAUUUUAAGUUACAAUUUUCAUGUAAAAAAUCAAGAAUUUAAUUAUUUAGGGGUAAAGUACUUAUCUACUAUACACUUAUACAUCAUAUCACUUCUAUAAUGAUAUUGUAAAUGUGCCUAUUUUAUAAUGUUUCAAAAGGAACAUUAGUUUCUUUCAUAAUUAAAUGUUAAACGAAUUUCUUUGUAAUUUUUACAUUCAAAUAUUAGAUCUCAAAAACUGUUUUACAUCAUUUAUUGAUAAUCAUCUUUUUUAACACAAUUCACUACUAAACGAAAAACUUACAUUUUUUUCAAGUCUAAAUUUUUUUUAGCUAUGUUUAAUUUUUAAUGAUUCACUAUACACUGUAGAAAUGAUAAUAUAAAGCAUCCGGGAUUAGAAUGUUUACGCGAAAAUAUUAAAAUAUUAGCUAUCAAUUUAUGCAAAUAGUACUUCUACAAAUGAAAAUAUUAAAAAAUCAAUCAAGUUGCAUUAUUGUUGCCUGAGUCAUAGUUAACAUAAUGAGUUGAAAAUCACUCAAGACCUUGAAAAGUUAGAAACAAUUUGACGGAAAAAUAAACUUGUAUUCGUUAUCUGAUAAUAAUAUAAAAAUGUGUAUGAAUAAUGUUAAUUGUUAAUGAAAAAGCACAUACAUAAUUUAUAAAAAUUGUCGUUAUUCCAUAUCUGAAUUUUAAUCGUGUCUUUUCUUUUUUCAUUUUCAACGAAAAAAACCACAGCAGACCAGUUCUGUCGUCAAGCAGCAGCCAGAAUAGUGCAGCCGCCAGUGGCUUAUUAUCACCGCCUCGCUCGGCGCCAGCACCAAUUGAA